UCAGUCUUUAAAUAAAAACUUUAUUAUAUUUGAAUCUUUUUGUUGAACUUUGUGUUAGCUAUAAUUUUUAACAUAUAACUGAUUUUAUAAAAGAUUUUAUGUUUGGGCAAAACGUCGAGCUAAAUAAACAUUCUACUGCUAAUCACAAAUCAAAAUAUAUAUAUUUUUUUAAUAACUGCUCCCUAAAUCCAGGAAGUAUGGCGGAGGGUGGGGAAAAAUCAGACGAAAACAAUCCGUUUUCAUUUAAAAGUUUCGUAACAAAAAAAGACAAGAGCGUAACUGAGCAUGAAAAGCCUAGUAAUGAAGAUGAUUUGGACAUAUUUAACACACCAGACGUAUCGAGUCUUCGGAAACGUGACAAGCCAAAGCAAAUUGUCGUUGUCGAUGAGGAAAAUGCAGAAAAUCCAAAGCAAAAGAAGAAAGGCAAAGGUGAAAAUCCUUUUUCUUUCAAGAAGUUUUUAUCCGGCAGUAACACGAAAUCUUCAGAAAACCGUCCUGCACCAGAAACUUCAAUGGAAAAAAGAACCAAGCCGAGAAAAAAAAUGGAACCAGAUGGUGUAAAUAACAUUCAAAUGGUUGCUGGUGAUUUGCCAGACUUUGUUCAAGGUCAUUACUCAGACAGUAACAGUGAAAGAUUUGGUGAUAAUGAUCAUUCCAACACAGGGUUUGUAUUACCAGAUUUUGCUUUAGACAGUAGAGGUGCUUCAACUGUGAAUGAUGGUAGCCUUAACAAAACUUUAGGAGCAGAAGAAAAUAUCAGUGAGGUUGAAACAAGAAUGGAUGACUUUGUAGACUCUUCCGAUGGUGAGGACAUCCAUUCUUCCAGAGGAAAUUUAUUGAACAGUUUGCCAGAUUUUCUGUCAGAUGCGGCCCUGUCUAAUGGCAGAGCAUCUGACAACACUUCAGUGAGCAGACAACUACCAGUGAUUGAAGCUGAUGAACAGGCUUGUGAUUCUAAACAAAAACAGCUUCAAGAUGAAAACAGAGCCUUAAGGCAACAAGUUGAGGAACUUAAAAGAAGAAACCACCAAUGUGAUAACAGAGUAGGUGAUCUUGAACGUCAACUGGAAAGACAGAAGGCGAAGGAGGCAGAGGAGAAUGCUGUCAUGGAGCGGGCCAUGGAACAGGUGGAGGAAAACCUCUCACAAACCACAAAACGAGCGGUACAGGCAGAAACUAUGGUGACCAAACUGAAGCAGGAUGUUAAAGGCCUCCAGGCUGAGAUGGGUAAACUGCGAGGGGAGAAUAGAAUGUUGCUGUCUGGAGAUAAAUACCUAGGUGAUAUCAAGGAGCGGACUGGUUAUGUAGCUGAGCAGCUGUCCUCUGCCACUAACACAGCAGAAACCAGUCUAAAACAACUUCUUUCCGGCCUAGACCAGCUGAAAAUGCUGUCACUCGUGCUCACAUCAAUAGACAAGAUAACAGAAGAUACAUCGUCCAGUGACUCCAGCAAACCAAACGCCUGAGACUCGCUGUUAGCAUGAGCAGUAUUACAUUCAUCAGGUCCUGGUUGCAAUCAGCAGUCUGUCUAAGUGCCAAAUUGUUGUUUUAAUGUUUAAACUCCUAUUCGAAGUGGUGGCAAUGGGAAUGAAAUAUCUAGGAAAUUAUUAUUGAUUAGACCUAUUUCACAGCGUCAGAUAUAGUUAUCCUCGGUGGGGUUUAGAAAUAAUGUUGCUAAUUGCUAUAAUGGAGUAAUAUUGCACUUUGUUCAGGAGUUGUUGGAAUCAAUGCAAAUACUUACAAUAGAUUACCCAUAUUGCUUGCAACAAUGUAUUUAAUACCCUUAUUGCUUGCAACAAUAGAAUACCCUUAUUGCUUUCAAACAAUAGAUUACCCUUAUUGCUUUCAACAAUAGAUUACCCUUAUCGCUUGCAACAAUAGAUAACCCUUAUUGCGUGCAACAAUAGAUUACCCUUAUUGUGUCUAACAAUAGAUAGUCCUUAUUGUGUGCAACAAUAGAUUACCCUUAAUCCGUGCAACAAUAGCUUACCCUUAAUGCGUGCAACAAUAGAUUACCCUACCCAACAAUAGAUUACCCUUAAUGCGUGCAACAAUAGAUUACCCAUAAUGCGUGCAACUAUAGAUUACCCUUAAUGCGUGCAACAAUAGAUUACCCAUAAUGCGUGCAACUAUAGAUUACCCUUCAUGGGUGCUACAUUGUUAUGAAUUCUGUGGUCUGUCCAUCUGUCUGGUUUUGUAGGAUAGAGUAAAAUAUGUUACUUGACACAAAUGACUUCUCUUGCUGAGCUGUACAUCUUAUGUAAAUGGUUAAUAGCACACUUUGCAGUAAAAGUUCAAGUUAAAAUAUUUGUCCAUCAGGCCAAACUAGUGUCACAUUCCUAAUACAAUUAAUUAUUGCAUUUUUGUACAUGUAUGUAGAUUUUGCAAUACUGUCAAAUAUGUUGUUGUUUUUAUAAUAAAAGUGGCAUUAUUCAAAGCAAUACUUUUUUUGAAUUUGUCAACUUUUUAUAACAUGUACGUACAAAUAAUGGAAGCUAUGACAAGGGUUUUUAAUUAAAAAACAUGAUAGUUGUACAUGUUUAUUUUCAUUUGGAUUGAACGUGCUGAAAAUGGCUAUGACAUAAUAUUAUAACAAUUCAUGAUUUCUUUACCAUAGGCAAAUGUUCUUUACAAAUAGUCUUAAUAUGUUACAUACGUUGUUAAGGAGUUGUGUUUUGAUACCAUGAAUAAAGUUAUUAAAACAUUA